UUUGGCCGUGUGGGAGCCCCAAAGGGGAGGGUAUGUAGUGGGGCACCUGACAGGAGAGACACACCUCAUACCCCCCCCCCCACAUGACAGGGGUGGGCAGGUCUCCAAGCAAAACCAACUGCCCCCAACUCAGCCCAGAGCAGACACCGCUGGCAGCUCCUCCAGCAACAUCUGGGAGACCAACGCUAGGGAAGAAACAGGACCCGGGCUCCAUGUGACUAGAGGAUGGGUGGGCAUCCAGAGGGGCACCAGGAGACUGCGGGUAGUGCCAGCAAGUUGUUCUCCUUGAAUGGUCGGAUGAGGAAGAGACGGUGAAGGAGGGAGUUGGAAAACCUGUCAGAGAGAGAGAGAGGUGCCAAGUUCUCCCUUCUGCCAACAUGGGUCCCCGGGCACUGGCCGAAAGACUUCUCCUGCUCCUGAGCUUUUUCUUCUCUCCGGCUUUCUGCCACAUUGAGACACAAGCCCAUGCAGAGGAGAGGCUGCUGAAAAGACUCUUCAGCGGAUACAACAAGUGGUCUCGCCCUGUGGCCAAUAUCUCCGAUGCUGUUAUGGUCCGGUUUGGACUCUCCAUAGCCCAGCUCAUCGAUGUCGAUGAAAAGAACCAGAUGAUGACAACCAAUGUGUGGGUAAAGCAGGAGUGGCACGAUUACAAGUUGCGCUGGGACCCCCUGGAGUAUGAGAAUGUCACUUCAAUCCGGAUCCCUUCGGAGCUGAUCUGGAGGCCGGAUAUUGUCUUGUACAACAAUGCUGACGGUGACUUUGCUGUUACUCAUCUCACAAAAGCUCAUCUCUUCCACGAUGGGCGAAUCAAGUGGACGCCACCAGCUAUCUACAAGAGCUCUUGCAGCAUCGAUGUCACCUUCUUUCCCUUCGACCAGCAGAACUGUACCAUGAAGUUUGGCUCUUGGACUUAUGACCGAGCCAAGAUAGAUCUAAUCAGCAUGCAUAGCCAUGUUGACCAGCUGGACUAUUGGGAGAGUGGCGAGUGGGUCAUUAUCAACGCUGUAGGCAACUAUAAUAUCAAGAAAUAUGAGUGUUGCACAGAGAUUUAUUCAGACAUCACCUAUUCCUUCAUCAUCAGACGACUGCCAUUGUUCUACACUAUCAAUCUCAUCAUUCCAUGUCUUCUGAUCUCCUGCCUCACCGUGCUGGUCUUUUACCUCCCUUCUGAGUGUGGAGAGAAGAUCACACUCUGUAUAUCAGUGCUACUCUCCUUGACUGUCUUCCUCCUUCUCAUCACCGAGAUAAUUCCUUCAACGUCUUUGGUCAUCCCUUUGAUUGGAGAGUACCUACUCUUUACUAUGAUCUUUGUGACCCUCUCCAUCAUCAUCACCGUCUUUGUGCUAAAUGUGCAUCACAGAUCCCCACGUACACACACCAUGCCAGCCUGGGUCCGUAGGAUAUUCCUGGAUGUGGUACCUCGAGUUCUUUUCAUGAAGAGACCAGCUAAAGAUAAUUGCAAGAAAUUAAUAGAGUCCCUUCUAACAAAAAGCUUCAACCCGCCGCCACCUAGACUUUGGUCUGAGGCUGAGAUUGAACCAACAUUUCCUAGUUCAUCAUCUGCCAGCCCAACUAGCCAACGACCAUCUCCAACUUCUUCCUGUUGCCAUCAGCUGGAUCAGUCGCUCAACACUAAAGUAGUUUGCAAGUCAACAUCAGGACAGUAUUCCAUGUUGUGUGAGGAAUCUGCUUUAACCAGUUGCCCUUCUCCAAAGCCUGAGACUAAGCUACUGUCCGAGGCCCAGCCAAAUUUAAUGCCUAAGGUGCGCUCUGUAAGCGUGCAGCAGAUGUACACCCCCAAGGAAGUAAAUGAAGGUACAGUCCGCUGCCGAUCAAGGAGCAUUCAGUUCUGCUACUUGCAUGAAGAUUUCUCCCAGAUUAAUGGCCAGGCUAGCAGUUCCCCAGUAGCCCAAAAAUGUAAUGUGAAUGAGCCACAGCCUACAAGUCACAACUCUCCAUGCACGUGUAAGCCCAAAAACCAGGAGAAGCCAGCCGACACAAGUCAAGGUGCCAAAACAGUCAGUGCCAAAGAACACCACAUGCUGCUCAUGUCUCCCUCACUUAAGCUGGCUAUUGAGGGGGUGCAGUACAUUGCAGACCACCGGAGAGCAGAGGAUGCUGACUUCUCUGUGAAGCAGGACUGGAAAUACGUCGCCAUGGUGAUCGAUCGCAUCUUCCUGUGGAUGUUCAUUAUUGUCUGCUUGCUGGGGACGGUUGGACUCUUCCUGCCACCGUGGUUGGCUGGAAUGAUAUGAACUGGACCCCUCUAAAAACAUGGGCAUGUGUCAAAGAGAGACUGAGAGAGGGAUGUGGAUCUGGAAGGAGGGGAAUGCGUUAGAUGGGGAGGGGGGGUAGAGAUGGGGCUGUCUAUAAUUUAUAUAAAAAUCAGUUCAUAUUUUGGCCCUCAACUACAGGCAGGUGCAGUGUUAUACUAGUGUUGGGGGGCUGUAGGUUGGGCAAUGUUCAUACUAUGCCGAGGUAAUCCAUUGCUGUCACAAUGUUUCCCUACUCUUUCCAUCCUGUCCUAUUGUUGUCACCUUUCCCUACUGUCUCAGUCUUGUUCAAUUGUCUCCAUCUUUCUCUACAGUCUCCAUCCAGCCCUACUGUCUCCAUCUUGUUCAGUUGUCUCCAUAUUCCCUUACUGGCUCUAUCUUUCCCUACUGUCUCCAUCCAGCCCUACUGUCUCCAUCUUGUUCAGUUGUCUCCAUAUUCCCUUACUGGCUCUAUCUUUCCCUACUGUCUCCAUCCAGCCCUACUGUUUCCAUCUUGUUCAGAUGUCUCCAUCUUCCCCUACUGUCUCCAUCCAGCCCUACUUUCUCCAUCUUAUUCAGAUGUCUGCAUAUUCCCCUACUGUCUCCAUCCAGCCCAACUGCCUCCAUCCAGCCCUACUGUCUUCAUCUUGUUUGGUUGUCUCCAUCUUCUCCUACUAUCUCCAUCUACUCCUGCUGUCUCCUUCUUGCCCUACAGUCUCCAUCCAGCCCUA